UUGCCGCGGUCCCCCUCACAGCGCGGGCGGGUUGGCGUCACGUCCGCCGGAAGCUCCAUAUAUGGGCCCUGACCAUUAAAUAAUUAAUCGCGGCUACAAUGGCGGACACGCGGGAAAGCGGCGGGAGCGCGCGCGCUGGAGAUCUCCGCCCACACAAGCGCCGGCCAAUCACAGCUCCCGAGUCCGGCCGACCAAUCAGAGACGAGGAUGACGAGGAGGGGGCGGAGGAGGGGGAGGAGGGGGUUGAGGCUCCUCCCCCCCCUCCCCGCGACCUCCGACCCCACAAGAAACCCAAGAUGACCCCGGUGGUGACCCCCGUGGUGACCCCGCUGGUGACCCCGCUGGUGACCCCGCUGGGGUUCAAGUCGACGGGGGGACCCCCCCACAGAGCGAUCAAGAUCUCCCUGGGCACCACGAAGCUGAAGGAUGCUUCAGCUUCGCUGUCCCCCAAAGUGGCCUCAGUGGCAGCGGCCUUCAACACGGAGAGUGACAGUGAACCAGAGGAGAUGCCUCCAGAAGCGAAGAUGCGGAUGAAGAAUAUUGGACGAGAGACCCCCACUUCUGCUGGACCCAACUCGUUCAACAAGGGCAAGCACGGAUUCUCGGAUCAGCAGAGGCUCUGGGAACGGAAAAUCAAGAAACACGGAGGAGGGGGAGGGGGGGCAGGGGGGGGAGGGGGGCCAGGGGGGGGGAGGAGGGGCAGCAGGAGGCGGGGGUGGAGUAACAGGAGGCGGGGCCUCCAGCGACUAGCCACGCCUACCAGGUUGUAGGCCACGCCCAAUAGACCCGACCCCCCCCCAAGCAACGGAACCAUUAAACUACGCCCACUAAUUGCGAGUCCCGCCCACCGUAGUUGCAGGCCACGCCCCCGCGGCCUCUAAGCCACGCCCCCCCCGAUUCAAACCAAUCUGUUUAUUUGGCUGUGAGCGACUGAUGGUGGUGAUGGUGCUGAUGAUGGUGCUGAUGGUGGUGAUGGUGGUGAUGGUGGUGAUGGUGGUGGUGAUGGUGGUGGUGGUGAUGGUGGUGGUGAUGGUGCUGAUGGUGAUGAUGUUGUUGUUGCUGGUGAGAGACUUCUGAGUAAAAAGAACCAAACUCGU